AUGCAUUCCACUGCAUUGCAUCCCAGCCCCGUCAAGGACGGACGGCGCAUUCUUGGAGACAAGCCCGCCAACGCGUGUUUGUCACCUGCACGCAGUCGGAACGUGGAUUCAUUCCUGACAGCAACAUCGCCUGUCAAACGCUCUCUCUUCGAUGCCUCCUCGCCCAAGAAACUCCUUCCCUCGCCUUCCUUUGCCGGCCAAAAAAGAACAAUCGAGCAGGUCGACGAUAUCCCGGUAAACAAACGCAGCUUGCAGGUCCAGCGUGUCGAGGCCCGAAAUGAAGUACCCUCGCGGGAAACAAGUAGCGCGCAGUCGACAGCUCAAGAUGAUACUCGGUCGACCCAACCACGCGCAAUGGACUCGGAUGUAUCAUCCAAAUCUCAGGAACAAUCACAACAGAGUCUCCCUCCUACUCAAAACACUCAAUUGAGCCCUUCAACAUUGAAUGUAUCUCGUGACACAACUUCGACACGCGCGGUUCCUGAGGACCCUGAGACGCGCAAGGUGUUUAUCCAAGAGAAAGCAAACUUGCUUCGCAGCAGAAUCCAGAGUGCCAUGCGCAAUGUUAGAGAUCAACAGUUUGAUCGCAGGCUGUCGGAACUGGAAGCCCACAGUCGCAAGUACCCCAGACUGUCGUUCCCCGUGACUCCCACCCAACAUCAACACAAGACCGCCCAAUCCCUUCGACAAGCAACAACACCACCCUCCGAAAAGACACCACGGCAGUUCCAGCCCGCCCCAGAUUUUCAACCAACAUCCGAAUCAACAUCCAUUCGCCCUGGCCUCUCCUCUCCUCCCCUCUCGGCGGGAAAUGCCGCCACCGAACAAGACCCCAUGCGAACACCUACCCAAAAGAACCACCACCACCAUUCAGAGUCUGCAGAUUCCCCAAUGCAGUUGAGCAGUCCUCCAGCGACCGUGCCACGAAGUGGCUGUGACAGGCGAGAAAUGAGAGAAGACACUGAAGAAGCAAGCGACUGUGGGGGGGAUCCAGAAAAGUUUACCACACCAUCACACAAGGGCGAUGCCGUGGACGGACUCCUGAAGCUCAUGAGCACUGCAGAAAAAGGCGAAAAAUCGGACACCUGGACUGGCUAA